AUGAAUAUGUUGGAUGAUGAAGAUAACCAAAGCUUUCACGCUACGCGUGACGGCUACUCCCAUUUGAGCGGUGUCGAAUGGGAUGCGAUUGAACGGAUGGGUUCAACCAUGGGCAUCCAUGCUAUUAGCGUCAUGCUAGAGGCUCUCAAUAGAGAUGCCGAACAUGCUACUAUCGCCAAGUUCAUUCAAAAUGAACUUGACGCAGAACGCGAGAAAGUAGCCUUGCUUCACCAACAAGGUUCUCAACAAGCAGAGUUGUUGAGAGAACAGGGUGCUCAACAGUUUGAACUGUUGAGACAGCAGCAGGCUGCUGCUGGCGGGUCGAUGCACUCGCGUCGACCCGAGACCUUCAAGAUUGACAUCUCUUAG